AGAUAAAAAUUACUUUUAUAGAAGGUUGUCCGAUUUUGAAUGGUCUGUCUACCUUUAAACUUAGAAGAAAGAUGCGUGGUCUUUUGAACCCCAUGUGACUAUUACGGAUUAAUAUAUUUUCUAUAUUUUUCAACUUUGAUUUCUAUUUGCUCAUUGUUCCUGUGGCAAUCAAUUGCCACAAUCCUCAUACAAAAGAAAAAGAAAAGGAAAAAGAAACAAAAAAGAAAAUUUUCACCAACCGAACAUAUGGUCUCCGGAUGUUAGUCAUAAACCUUCUAACAUUCGGUAAUCAUAAAUGUUGCAUAUUGUCAUUGUUAGAGCACGUUUUAACCCGCUCAACAUACAAUAGUUAAGAGGUGAAAUGGUUUGCCUGGAGAAGACAUGAAGGCAGAUCUCUCUCGACUACGGACAUGAACGCGUCUCCGCCGCGCAAUCAAUUUGGAUAUCGAUAAGUUUAGUUUUCCCUUGUUAUAUGUGAUAAUAUAAAGUAAAGACUAUAUUUAUACAUUAACUGACUAUUUCAUCCAUCUCCGUGUACCUAUACCAUUCCCACACCAAAGUGGUGACCCCGACGUGAUCAUUCUUUUUUUUUACGACCAAGCGCAAAGUUUCGCGGAAUUGUGACAAUUAACGCGUGUUUGUGAGUGAAAUUGUGAGUGCACGGCCAGACAGAAGUGCAGCAACAUGCCUCUCAUGCACGACGACGAGGGACAGGCGUCGAUACAGACGCCUAGGCAACCGCUGGUGCAACCUGCGAUAAUAGAGCCGCCAGGAUAUUUUAUGCCUGGACCUGAGGUGAGCCGCGUGGGCAUGCGAAUGCCGGAGUUUUCGCCCACGGAUCCGGAAUUAUGGUUUAGCAUCAUAGACCGGAGUUUUCAAGCCGCAGGAAUAACGGUCGAUUCGACGAAGUUCGGGUACGCGUUGACGGCAAUCGGUCCGCGUUAUACCGCCGAGGUGCGAGACAUCGUACUGAAUCCGCCGGAGGAGCGCGCGUACGAAAUAUUAAAAGCAGAACUUAUUAAACGCCUUAGCUCAUCGCAGGAGCAUAAGACGCGUCGCUUACUCGAGCACGAGGAGAUCGGCGACCGCAAGCCAUCACAAUUUUUGCGUCAUCUUCGUAGCCUCGCCGGCAACGUUGUCGGCGAUAAAGUAUUGCGAACGAUUUGGCUGAGCCGCCUACCCGCUCAUAUUCAGCCGCAUCUAGUGACGCGAACGGAAGAUUCGCUGGAUCAGGUGGCGGACAUCGCGGAUACGAUUAUGGAAGCGACGCGUGCCCCGCCGUUGCAGGUCGCGGAAACGACGCCGUCUUCAUUUUCGCGCAGCGCAGGACAGGACGACGCGACAUCCUUAGAAGCAAAAAUUAACUUGCAAUUAGCGCAGAUGCGCUUAUCGAUGCAACAAGAGAUGGCAGAGCAGCUGACGGCCAUUCGAAAAUCUAUUGAGGCGAUCGGCGAGCUCGAGCGGGGCCGUAGCCACGAGCGACGGUACACACGCCCGCGUUCGCGUUCGCGUUCUCGCCCGCGAGCUCAUGGCCAUGCAACCAAUGGCUUAUGCUACUAUCAUUGGCGUUUCGGCCCAGACGCCAGACGAUGCGAGGCUCCAUGCUCCUCACAACAGCAAACGGGAAACGCAACGGCCAGUCGUUAAUGGCGGCAAGCGAUUCCGGCCAGUUGACA